CCCCAUUGACAUGGCUGGGCACUGUACGUAAAAUCUACCAGUGACAAUGGAGGCAUUCUAUUGUGAAACCAUUUCAACAUACACACCAAUGUUUUGUUUUAUGAGCACUAAAGAGUAAUUUUCUCAGGUUCAUGUUUAUCUUUAUAACUAUAACUAUGUUUUGCUUAGUCAAAAUUCAUAGUAGAAACAUAUCUAAUUCACAUUUCCAUCUGUCCAAUAUCAAACCAAUUUAAUCCAUUUUUAAAGAUAAAACAGAAUUACAGGUAUGUUCAGUUUUUUGAAAAGUUUUUUUUGAUGCAGCCUUAAGAAGAAGUGUACUUGUUUUAGGGCAUUUGUUUUCCAAUUCAGUGGCUUCUGACUGACUUCCACUUCAGUGAAUCUAAUCUCCUCGGUCCGAUAGGUAACAACACUAAUCAGUGCACCACCGUUCCCUCAUUUUCAAGCUUCAGUAAAACAAGAAACAGAAAGCUGUCACAACAGGCUCAAGGCCAGUUGUGUCGCUUUUGCUUCCGCCCCUAAUCUCAGGCGCCCUGCUUCUGAUCUUUGAGAGACCGCCUAACUCCAACUCUACCACGACGACGCCCCUCACACCCCGUUUUCGAGCCCAACUCGGGUAAAACUCCACGGGGGAAACACUGCCUCUGUUCGACUACGCGGUAAUCCAUAUGAAGAUACUGGAUCAGCCCCGUAGAACUCAGUGGCUCUUCCGAGUUUGGCGCAGGCGCACCAAGAUGGGAUUGUCACGGAUCUCCUGGGGUUCGCGCAUCAUUGCGCGCCGUUUGUUUUUUGAUUUAACACAGGUUUAGUACAAAAUGCCAUCCUGUCAGACAUGCACAACAAAGUCUGAAUUCUAAGGUCGCAGAUGCAUUAUAAGUUACUGUCGUUUUACUGAGAUUGACGACGGACAGCAAACUUUGUUAAAUGCCACUUGUUAGUUGUAUUUUCAUUCAUUUUGGCAUGCUUACUGUAUGUUCUGUUACCAAUAAAUUCUUCAAUGAGAACUUAUCAAUAAAGAAACUAAAAUUAAGAUUUAUUAAAAUAGCAAUAUUAUUAAUAAUAAAUAACUGCCCAAGAGAUGCAAGCUAAACGCACAGUACGCUCGCGCCCACCACCAUACUCGCUUGCAUAUGUCCAUGUUACAUUUGACAUACUUUAUGUACUUCAAACGCUCCAGGAAAUCGUGCAGCCGCCAGACAGAAUGCCCUUUGUCGCCGAGUGGCUUUUAUUUUGACACAACUUUACAACUUGCGUGCAGGAAGUCGUUUACUUUCGCCACAAACCGCCUUUUUCACUUUACUUUUGCUUCGCGUUCGCUUUGUCCCGCUUGUUUUUUUUUUUUUUGCUAUGGGUAGCACGUCUUCUUCCGAUGAGCCAUGUCUUCUUUGCCAUCAUACAGCGAGGGAGCUGACCGUUUUCAACUGUGGACAUGGCUUUUGCCGGGGAUGCCUCCAGGAGGUUUUCGGAGCUUCCUCCACUGCUACCAUUCACUGCCCCGAGUGUCGCGACCAAUACCAGAAAAUGCCAGCCGUUGGGCGAGACGAAGUAUUUCCGAACUCUCUUGCUAAUGAGCGCCGUGAGAAGCGCAUUCAAAUAUUUCCUGAAGGCACGGUGGUUUGCAGCUACUGCACAGAAUCAUCGAAGGUGGCUUUGAAGACGUGUCUGGUGUGUGGAGCAUCGAUGUGCGCCGACCAUCUGAAGAUCCACACGGAAGGUGCUGCGUUCCAAAGCCAUCCUCUGGUAGAUGCUACCUCAGAUAUCUCCGUCUGGAAAUGCAUGGAACAUCAGGAACUGCUGAAGAUCUACUGCCGGGAAGACGAGGUGUGCGUGUGCAGCGUGUGCACCUUGAUCGGUGCACACAAACAGCACGACUGUAUCAGCAUUGCCCAGGCCGAGAAGGAGCUACGGGACAAAUUGAAAAAAGAUAUUCAGAAAAUCAAAACAAACAGUACAAUCAUCCAGAAUAACGUGGAUGUUCUAAUGGAGAAGAAGCUUGAUCUUCAGACUGAAAUCAAUGGCAAAAAAUCUUAUCUUCAAGACCAAUACGCAAUGUUGAAGAAGCUGAUUGAGGAUGAGGAGAGUAAGGUGCUAAAGUGCUUGGAGCGAGAAGAGGCAAAGGUUAUAGCUUCAAUUGAGACCCAGCUUAAACCCCUGCAAGAGACCUUGAAAGAAAUUAUGGAGAACUCCACUGAGUUGGAAAAGCUGUCUGAUUCUAAUGUAGCCACUCGUCUCCGGGAUCAAGCCUUUGUACAGGAAUACUGCAGGAUGGCAAAGAGUAUUAGUCAUAUGGCAAGUCCCAUCAAUGAGCUGCAGCCUCCAAGAGAACUGGACCGUGAUAAACUUGAGAGGCUGCAGAACUGGACGAGGAAGAGACUGGAGGUGGCACCUAUGAAGGAGGAAGACAGGGAAUCCCUUAUUCUGUUCUAUGGGAAAACUCCAAACCUGGACCCAGACAGUGCACACGUUAAAUUGAUCCUGACUGAUGACAAUCGAUCAGUAACUCAUACAGAAGAGAACCAGCCGUACCCCCAACAUAAUGCACGAUUUGACAUUUUCCCACAAGUGCUGGGAGCUGAACCGCUGGAGGGUGGCUGCAGUUACUGGGAAGUGAAGCUCCAAGGUGAAGGUCGCUGGAAAGUUGGCAUUUGUUACCCCCAAAUUGGCCGGAAAGGAAAGGGCGACAACUGUAGACUGGGAUACAACAGUUAUUCUUGGUGUCUUUAUGGGGAGAAGGAUAAAACCGAAGCAUGGCAUGAGAAGGAGGCAGUCUCUGUUUCAGGUAGCCCCAAACAAGUUGGGGUGUAUGUCAAUUUUGAUGAUGGUAUAGUGUCUUUUUACAGUGUUCAUGAAAAUACUGUGAGUUUACUGCAUGAAUUCCAACACAAUUUUACUCAGCCACUUCUUCCAGCGUUGGCAGUUUCCAAGAUGUCUUUAUCAUUUUGUUAGGUGGUAUAGAAAGGAAAGCCAAAAUCAUUCUGCCACAAUGCACCAGCAAGUACUUUCUCCAAAAGUGGUUCAACGGCAGCUGGGUGUCUACAACUGUCAAGGCAGGGAAGCGUUUUGCUCCUACUUUUUGCUUCCUUUGAUGCCAAUUUAUACUUUCUGCAGAUGUGAAUCCCAGCAGUCACCUGCAGAACAUUCCCACAUCUCCAAAGUUGUGGGGCCAUGCAGUCUUCCCUGCUUUGACUGUUCAUGAUUUGAGUAUGACCAACAAUUAUGGAUGCUUUUUAAAAAGCAGCACAAACACGUACAAAUUGUGCAGCAACAUUCUGCUUUGCUCAUAUUCAUAAGACAUGUGAAGUUCAUGUGCCCUGAAGCAUAUGGGAACUCUUUAGAGCUAAUUCAUACUUUUUACAUGGAGAAAACAACAUUUUAACAUCAAUUUGGAUGACCACACUCAAAUGGGAAAGUCUGUGUACAUCUAAAGUCCACUUCAUGUUGACUGUUAUGAGGAAGCACUUUAGGCCAAUUCGUUUUUUGUGCAUCUGCUGUACUGUGUUCAAACAAAAUGACAUCAUGAUGUCAAUGUAGACGAGUGCUUUUAGAGUUUAAAACCACUGCAUUUGAAAAAUCUUACCAAAAAAAGUCACGCCAAAUUCAAAGGAGAGUGCAGUGGGUCACAUGUACAAUUUCUGUGCAGAGAAUAAAAAAAAUCUGGCACUGGUUAUCAUUAAACAAAAAAACAAACAAUCUCAGGGAUAGAUGGUAGAUGGAAUAUGCAGACAAUUUUAAUAUAGUGGAGAUAUUUUGCUUAUUAGCUUAGAGAAAAUGAGAUUUUCAGUAACAAUCAGUAAACCGCACAAUGAAGGAAUCGAUAAAACACAAUUUGAAAAAACUGAAACACUGGAGUAACGAGGCAUUACUGGAAAUGUAAUCAAGCAAAACCUUUAAGGUGGCUGAAUAAAAGCUCUGUAUGCCAUAAAUGUUACGUUAACGUUUGGGCACCUGGGAGCUGUCCAUCCACCCUGGUGUCAGGAGUUUUCAUAUUUUCAAUUUGUUUUGACAUGGUGCCCAAAGCAAGGUAAAAAAAGUUCACGUUAAAUUUAAAAUUUGAGAGGACAAAUAUUAAAAAAAUUUUGGGUGCUCAAAACUUAAUCUAAUCAAAAUACACAUUUAAAAAUAAUUUUAGGGGGGAAAAAUUACAGCUGCCUAUGUUUGAUAUUAAUCAUUUGUGUUACUCACCUCAUAAAUGAUUUGUCUCAAUUUCUCCUUGGGGCCAAGUAAAGUGCAACUACCUACUGAAAUAUGUAAUUGAAGCAGAAAUCUUAACAACCUUUAAGAAGAAUCUGGAUGAGAUAUUGGAACGGCUUAGCCAUUCGCUAAACAAACGGGCUAGAUGGAAUGAAUGGUCUCCUCUCAUUUGUCCAAUUUCUUACGUACCUGCAGCAGAGCGUAAAUUUGUUACCAAACUGGCUUUUAACAAUGAACUAUACUCUGUUUAACUUGGUACUCUUUACUUAAUCUUGAUCCAUACUGUCCAUUUUCUAACCAGCUUAUUCAGUUGAAGAUGGCAGAAAGCCAGUAGGGUGUUACACAAGUACGUGACCUUUGUCUUGUCCUCUUUAAACUGAACUCUAGAUAUACAGUUAAUGUGUUUUAAGUCAAUAAAACCGAUCACUAAGCAUACAUGGAUGAAAGUCUCGUUAGGAACAGAUACACUGACACCAGGAGUUUAAUAGAAUGUUUUUUUUUUUUUUAAUAAAGAUGUAAAUCAUUAAUUACCUUUUGUUAAAUUUGCUUCUAACAGAAUUGGGGACUAUGACCUCUACAUGCUGCACUUUUUUUACAGCUAGAUAAAGUAUAUUCAUGCAGUUCCAAUGUGCUAAGCCAUAAAUGCAGUCUUUUUUUUUUUUUUUUAAGCAAACUACUUGAGAAGGUAAACAAUGAAUGAUAAACUUGGACCAGAGUCCAGGUGUGUAGUGUUCUGGUCUGGACUUUAAACCACUGGGUUGCUCGUUCAGUUCCUACCUCUGCAUCAAUGGAGGUCGCUUCUGCCUGUGCUCCAACUACAAGAAUUUAAGCAAUCAUGUAUCCUAAUCAAAUGAUGCCUUACGUAAAAAUGCAAUAAAAUAUUAUACAUUGACUGUGGAAUAUGAAGCUUCUGUUAAAGAAAAUAAAUUUGGAAAAUGUGUGUA